GUAUUUUGUUCAAUUAAUUAAGUUGCAUAACCUACAUGCGCUAACAAUUUGUGUUGAUUCAAUCUGUGUAGGAGAUGAACGGUUACCGCCUUUUGAAAAGCCAGCCACGGCUCUUCUCUGAGCAUGGCCUCCUUUAAGGUAGAAGUAAUAUAGGAUUUGUGUUACGAAUGUGGGUGACUCCCGACGUGACUUGUCAUAGGAUAGAUGGGGACGGCCAUGAGGCACAGAGGAGGAAGGGGGAAGAACGCUAGUCAUGAUGCAGGCUCUACCAGACAACCAGCACCGAGUGACAUGGCGUAUUACCACCGAAAGAAGAUAGUUGUCUUGCUGCUGGUUCUCCUCGCUGUCCUGGUGCGGGUCUUCCUCUGGGACGGGAGGGUUGCGGAAGACCCCCCGCCUACUCUGUCAUGGUGGCAGACAACCAUCAUAUACCAGAUCUACCCACGGUCCUACCAGGACUCGGAUGGAGACGGUGUGGGUGACAUAAGAGGCAUCAUACAACGUUUGGACUACAUCCGGUCUCUUAGCGUACGAGCAAUAUGGCUGAGUCCUAUCUUCCGGUCUCCAAUGCGUGACUUCGGCUACGAUAUUUCAAACUACACUGAUAUUGACCCGACUUUCGGAAACCUGGAAGAUUUCGACAAUCUGAUUUCAGCAGCACAUGAUAGAGGGAUCAAAGUAAUUUUGGAUUUUGUGCCAAACCACUCCAGUGUCCUUCACCCAUGGUUUCAACUGAGCCGACAGGGCGUGGCACCAUACAAAGACUACUACGUUUGGACAAUCCCUGGAGAACCGCCCAACAACUGGUUGAGCCUAUUCCGUGGUCCGGCAUGGGCGCUGGACAGUGUCCGAGGUGAGCUGUACUACCACGCCUUCAUGGUGCAGCAGCCGGACCUCAACUGGAGAUGUGCUCAACUGGUGGAGGAGAUGGAUAAUGUGCUGAGGUUCUGGAUGAGUCGAGGCGUGGAUGGGUUCCGAGUUGAUGCCAUACAGAACUUGUUUGAGACUGAGAAUCUCUCUCUGAACGAACCUCCUUCUGGAGAUACUGACGUUGAGAAGGAUAACUGGUACUCAUUGCGACACGACUAUACAUUUGACUUGCCGGAAAUAGGUGGCGCUGUGAGACGAUGGCGGGAUGUUUUGAAUGAAUACGAGGCUCGGGAUGGAAAAGCAAGGUACCUGGUUGUGGAGACACUCUUCGACAAUGACGUAUCAAUAAGGAACCAAUACUACGACUACGGUGCCGAUAUGCCCUUCAACUUUGACUUUUUGCGGGUCAAUAGAUCAUGUGGAGGUCACUGUAUUCAGCAUUACGUGAACAGGGAGCUUGGCCAUCUUUCGCAAGGCCAGUGGCCGAACUUUGUGGUUGGUAACCAUGACAACCCUCGUGUCGCCAGCAAGAUGGGUAAAGACUUUGUGAACGCUGUCAACAUGUUGUUACUGACGUUGCCGGGAACACCCACAACAUACUAUGGGGAAGAGUUAGGGAUGUCGGAUGUCCACGUAUCCUUUGACCAGGGUCAAGAUCUUCAAGCUAAAGGCCAGGGCGAGGAGUAUUUCCGGAAGUACAGCCGCGACCCCUCGCGGACACCUAUGCAGUGGAAUGGAGAGAAACACGGCGGGUUCACAUCCGGUCGCGUGCCCUGGCUACCUGUCAGCGAGACGUCAUCAUAUGAGAAUGUCGAGCAUCAGACAGUUUCGUCACAGUCGUCUCCCCUGAAUCUGUAUCGGAAAUUGGCAGUCCUCAGAAACGAACCGUGUUUUCAAUAUGGCGGACUUGAAUAUGGCAUCGUUAACGACAACAUAUUUUCGUACACUCGUUCCACGCCAGCAGGAGAGAGCUAUCUUGUCACGAUCAAUUUUGGACAUGACGUGUCGAUCGAUAAUUUCGCUAACGCGUUGAACGGCGUGCGUCUUGGGGAGAUAACUCUCACUACAGAAAACUUUAAAUCCGGAAAAUAUCACAUUGGUGAUAAAAAAGAUCUAUAUCAGUUAGAACUGUACCCUGGGGAAGGUUUAAUAAUCAAACUAAGGUGAUGUAUAGCAAACAGCUAUCUCAAACUGUUAUUGCUUACUGGUUAAAAUAUUCGGUUUUACAAAAUUGUCUUUGGAAGAUGUAAGAAGUGACCGCAAACAUAAUCUGUAUUUAACAAAUCCCAGGUCGCUCCUCCUCUAGAAUAGUCGCUGACACCUCAGUUGUAAAUGUACUUGUUAAGUAUGGAUAUUUCAGCACCGAAAAAUGUAUUUAGGUCCUAAACACAAACCUUAGCGCGUUCCUUCCUUAAAAUUAAUUUAGGUAAUAUAAAAACGGCGUUUUUAGCGUUUAAUGGAGGGAACUUUAAAAAGUUGGUGGUCUAUCAUUUUCAGCUUCCGUCUCAAAUAUGAAUGAAAUAAUGUUAGUCAUAGAGCAUUUAUAAACACAACACUUUUUAUACCUCCAUGGGAUACGAAUUGUUGUCAUUUACGAUCCACCUGUGCUACAGACUGUUGAAGUCACACAUGUCGAUGUUUCUAGUUUUUAAAUCAUUGUACCUUAGUAUAUGUGUGCGUUAUUAUGUUAAUAUUGUACCAAGUCUUUUGUAAGUCCUGGUGGACUAUUUCAAUAUUCCUUAUACACCGUAUCUAUAUUUGACUUAAUACCCAAUGACAUGCACUUUUUUAAACAUGUUUAAAUUCUAAACAUUAUUUGUUUAAAGAUCAUUAAUUUGUAUAAAUCAUGAGGAUAAUACACUAUGAUAAACAUGUUUAACUUUGUCUAAAUUAUGGGGUGUUGUGUAAGCUUGUGUUUAGACUGUGAAACGAUAGCUCAUUUCACGUGUUUAGACCCAAAACGUGUUUGGAUGUUUGUGUUUACAUUCUGAACACAUGUUUACAGUGUGAGGAACGUGGCAACCAAAUAAUGCCAACGUCAGCAAUAUUUGC